UGUACUCAAGUACUCAAGUAGGUAUGUAGUAGUAGUGGCCGUUGGACUAGCCCGGCGUCGAUCGUCACUCGCACCUUCCUGCACCGCUCUGCUCUGCUCUGCUCUGCUCGUCUUGCCUCUUCUUCGCAAUCGCGUCCGCUGACGCUGUGGCGUUUCUUUUGUUUUUUUCUUUUGCUCUUCUUCUCCUUCUUCUUCUUCUCUGCCAUCUACUACAUCUUCUCCCCCCUCGCUCCCCGUCCUUUCGGCCUCGCCGUGCCUCUGAUUCUCCUCCCCAAUCAUCCAUCUCCACCUUUCCUCUGCCAAAUCCAGGCAAGCUGCAAUCCUCCUGCAAUCGUGCCCCUGUAUGCUAGCUAGAGUACUGCACAGCUCCUCCCCGCUACCGGUUUUCUCCCAAGCUGCAUGCGCCCGCUCGUCUAACCUUUUGUGGCUUCACCACCUCCAACCCACCCUGGCCAGCCAUCACCAACCACGCUCGACUCACUCCCCCAGCUGCUCGCGUCGUGCGUGCUCGUCUCGCUCUGACGCCAUCCUUUAUCGCCAGCUUCUGCUGUUCCUGUUGUCCAACGACCCCCCGGCGAAUCCUCCCGGCCUGAAAAGUCUGUACUGUACCACCAACCUUGUCCACCUCCCCCUAACGGCUUCUGGUGCAACACUUGCCCUGCCUACUUUUACACCUCGCCGCCUCUCCUCGUCCGCCCCCGACUCUUCUUUGUUGUUCCCUUCUUCCCGUGCCGGUGCCAGAUCGAAUUAUUAGAUUCGACAUUUUCGCACCACGGCCAGGAAAAGGAAAAGCAUUCCACCUCUAGUCACCCUUUACUCGUCAUUCAUUAGUCAGCGCCCCAACCAUCGUCGCCCAUCAUGGAUAUGACUUUCAUCACCAUCCAUGACCUGUCCGAAGAUGCCCACAUCCUGUACUCGUCUGAUUCCAUUGUUGAUAUCCUCGGUCAUACCCCGGAUGAGGUCAAGGAUAGGUCUGUCUGGGACUUCUUCCAUCCCGAUGAAGUCCCCUUCGCCAAGAAGCUUCAUAAUCGAGGCGUGAUGCUCGACAAGGCUGCUGUGCUAUCCUACUGCCGCAUCAAGAAUCGUCAGGGCGACUGGGUCGGCUGUGAGAGCUGCUUUUCCAUUGUCUACAAUGUCAUGGUGUGCUGCACCUCCAUCUAUCGACAUGGCAUGGAGAGCCAGAAGCGUGCCACCGAUGCGCCCCUUGUUCGCAAACUAUUUUCCUCUUCUCCAAAGGACCCUCGCUACCACAUGUUGUCGCAUUUGUCCAGCAAGUUUACUUUGCCACCAGAGGAGCAAACUCACGAGCCUCGUGCUGCUCUCUUCAUCAAUCGUUACACUCGUACACUCACCGUCAUGCAUGUUACGAGUGGAAUCGAGGAGAUUACCGGCAUCCCCAGUGACAGAGUCAUCGGCAAAAGCUUUUACUCAAUGAUUGCCGAAAAUUGUCUACGCGAUGCCGUCAGCUGCCUGGAGUCGGCCAAAGGAAAUGACUCGAUCGCCUAUUUGCGCUUCAUGUUGCGCGACCCUCGCCAGGACGAUCCACCUGAACUCUCGGCUUCGGAGAGCGAAGACGACUUCAUGACCGACGCAUCUGUUUCUGAGGACGAAUCUCAGAUCAGUGAAGACACCAACAGACCGUCUCUACCAAACGCUUCCUCUAAUAGUCAUCACUCAAGCAUGGAUACUAAUGGUGAAGGCACACCUCCCAUCUUGAACAACGGCCCCAAUGCGCCGUCUAAUGGAAGCCGUGGUCAACGCUCGUCUACAUCUCAGUCUCAAUCUCAGCAUGCACUGCGUUCGCCCUUCUCGGAAGGCCCCACGUAUGAAGAGCCCAUCGAACUCGAGGCCGUCGUCUCUUGCACUUCGGAUGGUCUCGUUGUGUGCCUUCGUCGUGCUCGUCCCAUGUUGCCGAACGCGCAAUUGCCAAGUUUGCAAGCCUCAAAUUACCAAGGCAUGUUUGCCGCUCCUUGGGCGGCACAGCCCAUGUUCCAACCUGCUCUCCCUCAGCUACCACCCUAUCCUCUGGGUGCUCAACAUCCUGCGAUGGCACAAGCUCCACCAGCGCCCGCCCAAAAUGCCUUCAUGCAAAGCAUCCGCGAUGUUGCCGUUUUUGCAUGGGCUCUCGUUGGUAUCAACGGAAGUCUGGCGGAUUACACUGUUGGUAAGCCGGUUGGAGAAAGUCAACCACCAACCGGUUUCCCUGUAUGGGACCCCGUCGAUGGUGGACAAAAGUUGUCCCUACCACGAGCUCCUAGUUCCGGAUAUGUCUCGGGCUCAGGCAGCUCUUCGGGCAACAGCAACGAUCCUUGGGGCUUUGGUGAUCCGGGUCUGAACUGA